GAACGACUUUGAAUGGAAACUCCCUUUUUUCUUUCUCGUUACUGUCAGAGUUUGGUAACUUAGAUGAAGUAACUCGGACUUAAGAAGGAGUUUGUAAACAGAGCAAAAAUGCGCGACCGAACCAAAGAACUGGGGAAUCCUGCAGAUACCUCAGAUGAAGAUGAAGAAGGCAUGGCACUCAUGAUCAAACCAGGCACAGGGACCUCCAUAAAGGAAGGAGAGAAUGAUGCUUUCUUUCGAAAGGUCUGUGAUAUUCGAGAGGGGCUUGAAACUCUUAAGAAGAAAGUAUCUGAACUGGAAAACAAACAAAAAACUGUUUUAGGGGUAGCGCUUCCAGAGGAAAGUAUGAAAAAGGAACUUCAGACUAUAAGGGAUGAGAUUAAAGUAUUGGCUACCCAAAUCCAGAAAAAUCUAAAAAGUAUUGAACCCAAGAAAAUAAAUGAGGAUGGGAAAUAUAUUCCAAUAAACACAAGAAUGCAAAAAACACAGCAUGCUGUUUUGUCUCGAGACUUUAUUGAGGCAAUGAGUUACUGCAACACAAUUCAGGCCCAGUACAGAGAUAGAAAUGUGGAGAGGAUACAAAGGCAACUCAAAAUCACCGGCAAUAAUGUGACUGAUGAGCAGCUGGAGUCAAUGCUCGAAAGUGGACAGACAGAUGUGUUCACACAAAAUAUCUUAACAGAUGCCCAAGCCACCAGGCAGGCACUUAAUGAAAUUGAGUCACGACAUGACGAGAUUCUUAAACUGGAGAAAAGCAUCAGAGACCUUCAUGAAAUGUUUCAGUAUCUUGCCAUGGAAGUGGAGGCACAGGGGGAAAUGGUUAAUCGUAUAGAGAACAACAUAAUUAACUCCACCAACUAUGUAGAGAAGGCUGUUAAAGACACAGAGGCAGCUGUUGUCUCUCAAAAAAAAGCCAGAAAGAAAAAACUCUGGAUUGCAUUGUGCAUUGCAAUUUUAGUUUUAAUAAUAGUCAUUGCCCUGGCUGCAACCCUCGGCACUUAAAGCAGUGUCCUCUUUCUGCUGGUCUCCUCUGCUUCGCAUUUUAAACAAGCCCUGUUUUUCACUAAUGCCCUUCCAAUUUAAUGAUUAACGGCCUUUUGACCCAGAUGAACAUUUGGUUUUGAAUCUGUGCUGCAACAUGUGUAUAAGGAUCACAUAAAUAUUAAAAAAUAUUUUUUAAAUAACACUGACAUAGAAAUAACUAUUCUCAGGAAACCCCAAAUGAUAAAACAGAUUUUAAUAUAUAAGCAUACAGAAGAACCUCAGAAUCGCUGUAAGAUACUUGAGCUUUGUUUUUAUCUUUCUGUUGAAAAUAUUAUUUGUUAGUAUUGUGUGUAUUUUUGAUGCUAUGUCAAAUUUAUUUUAUAGUUUCUGCUUGUAAAAUUAUAAUUUACUAUCAUGUCGUCAUGUCCUCGUUACCUAAUCACAUCUCUACAUGUUGAUCUGUAGUAUGAGCUGCAGCCUACAAAGGAAGCUCAGCUGUAGAAACUGUUUAUUGACUAAUCGUAACACACUAAAAAUGCGCCACAAGUUAUUUAUUUGGGCCUUGUCCCAAAUAGAUCAUGUAGAGCUGCUUUUGAAGUUUUUGCUAUGUACAGUCAGUAAUUUUUUUUUGUGCCUUUGCCUUGGUGCUUUACCCUAAUUAAUCUGUAUGAAUUUAGUGACAGGUCAUAUCAGACAGAGUACUGCAGUAUUUUGGUGCAUGAUUUGUCAUUUUAUACUGAACUAUCUGUAAUUUUAAUACAGAAAUAUUUUAAAAUAAAAAUGUAUCUUAUACUAAACUGU